CUUGCAACAACGAUGCAUGAUGGUUGAAGGAAGUUGAGAAAAGUAAGGAAAUGAAGAAAGACAGAUUGGAAUUGGAUGGAUGAAGUUGGUAUUUAGGUUCUGAAAGAUGUGAACAAUUUAAGGUUGUGAGAGAUGCAUUUCAUUGCUAUUUGAUCUUGCAAUAUAUACAGACAGACUUACACUGUUUUUAUGGCUUUCAAUCCAAUGAUUUUGAAUCCAAUUCUAAUAUAA